CUCACUUCAUGCUCGGAAUCGCACGGACGUGUCGCGGAUGUCGGAAGGUGGAGCUCCUGUGAAUUGUUCUUGUGCGCCGCGCACAAAACCCCAAUAAUAGCCAAAUCGGGCAGCGCCUGCAGGCUUUUGUGUGAAUAAAACGGUUUGUGGCGACAAUUGUUCGAUUUUUAGGUGUCGCAAAUUAAAUUCGAUUGCAAAUACAAGGCACUUACGCACACAAACGCGAGCGCACGCACAAGUGUAGGUGUGAAAACAAGUGAAACAGAGAGCUGGGAAAACAAACUGGGCUGCAUAGAUACUGGCUAAAUAUUGGAUUAAGCUCGAAUAAAGAUAAUAAUAACAACAACAAUCAAUCGAAAAUGCGCGUGUGACAGAGAGAGUGCGAGUGUGAAUGAGGAAAAGAGAGCGAGCGCAGCACGCACACAAACACUAACACGCUGACGUCGACGCGCUGUCUGUGCAGAGGAGCAGUGUUGCCAGCCCGCAAUACAGCUGCCCGAGAAUCCCAAUUAAAUAAUUAAUAAGUUCGAAUCAGAAUUGGAGUAUCUGAGGCAGGGCUUUGGUUUGCAUACUCCUUUUCCCCGAUUCGGCUUAUUGGCAUUGGGCUCUGCUCUAAGCUCUGAGUUGGCAACACUGGCCCCCAAAUCGAGUGAGGGCAAGAGAGAUAGAAAGAGACAUAGAGAGCCAUCGCGAGAGAGUCACAUGCUGUGGCGCUCAUUUCAAUUUUCCUCAAUGAAUGAACACUUUUCACGGUUUUCGGUUCGUCGGUUCGCGUUUUCCACAGUCGUGCGUUGUUUUGCUCGUGGAAAAGUUGUAAAGCCCAUCCAGCUAGCCAGCCAGCAAUAAUCCAACAUUUUGUUUGCAGUGCUUUUGCAGCGCGGGAGAGCGAGAACCAACGGCACAGCGAGCUGUUAAAUAAUUUUUAAAGUGUUUGUGUUUUUAACGUGUAAGACCCGAAAAAGUCUAUGCCUUUUGCAUAACAAAAACAAGCCGAGCAAAUAAAAUAAAAGAGAAAAAGAGCAAUAAACACCCAUACACGUAAACAUAUACGUACAGAGAGAAACGGACGCCUACGUCAAUAAGCGAAAAACGGAAGGAUGCUGCUGAUGUCACCGCCGUUGCAGUAGCAACACCAAUUCCAGGAAGCCGAAGGAAAAUCAACCCCUGCUGCUGCACCCACUCCUCCCCCCGAGAACAAGCCACACACAUGUUGCUGCCACAACUACGAUGCUCAGCGCUGCCAAUGCAACUGCAACAGCAACACAUGGAGCAGCAGCAGUCGCGAUUGCCGCAGCCGAGACUUAUGUCAUAACAAACAAACAGCAGCAACAGCAUCAGCAGCAGCAACAAGUAUUUGUAGUUGCCGCCAACAAAAUGGUGAUACCAGCAACGGGAGCAACGAUCGCCGGUAUACCAACAGCAACAACAACAGCAGCCGCCGAGUCAACAGCAACGCAGCAGCACCAGCAACACCAACAGCAGCAGCAGCAGCAACAUGUGCUGUUCCAGCCGCACCUACAGACAACAACCGCAACUGCAGCAACCUGCAGCACACCUCAGCAACAGCAACCACCUCAGCCGCGGCAGCAUCCCAAGAAGCGAAAGUUCGAUCCAGCCGAGCUGGACAAGACCGAGCAGCAUCCCCAGCAGCAGCAGCAAGUGAGUCUGCAGAAGCAGCAGAAGCCCGCCGAUACAACUGGCAACGGCGAUGGCCUGGCCAACGGCAAUCAGCAGCAUCGCAUGAUCGUGAGUUGCGGUGCAGGCGCCGGCAACAACAGUAGCAACAGCAGCAGCAGUAGCAGCAACAACAGCAGUCACAGCAGCAGCGAUAUCAAGCAGCAGCAGCAGCAGCAGCCGCAACGUAUUAUCAUUGCAUCCCCGCAACAUGCCAGCGGUAGUACUUACAAGCAACAUGUUGCCAGCGGCAACAAUAGUCACGCAGCCACAAUCAAUCAUCAACAACGCACACACACGCCCACAACCGCCGUCUACUACCAACAGCAGCAGCAGCAACAACAGCAACAACAACGUUUUAGCUUUAACUCAAACAAUCAGCAACAUGUACAGGAACAACACCAGCAGCAGCAGCAACAGCAGCAAUCCCUGCUCGAUCUCAGCGAGUGGAACAACACGCGUGUCCUAGCCAAAAUCCAGAAUAACUAUGCACCCGGGAUAAUACGCCACGCCCAGGAGGCGUCUCCCGACUCAAUACUCGUGGAAUUCGAUUCCACCGACUUGGGAUUACUGCUAUAUACGGAUGUGUUGCACCAGGGUCGUAACCAUGUGAUACUCGAUGCCAGCCCGCCUAUGGCGGAUAUUACGUUGGAUGCCCGUGUCUGCGUGCGUCAGCGGGUGGAAGGUCGUGGCUCCGGAAGCUUCGUCUACGUAGAGGGCAUCAUUACGGACAUCAACCAGGCCACGAAGCAAUACAGCGUGCAACUGAUCGGCGAUGAAAUGGCCACCACCAAGGUUGUGCGCCGUGCCGAUCUACGGCUCCUGCAGCCGCCUUGGUGGGACGAGCUCAACGAACUGACACCCUCGGGUGGAGCAAGUGCUCCAGCAUCCAGUGCCAAGCGAAAGGUGUCGGCAGCGGGAGCAGGAGCAGCAGCUUGCGAGGCAAUGGCCGUGCCCAGUGGCAAUAUCGUUUACCCGAAGGCGGCCACCGGCGCGCCAUUGACCUUCGUGGCCACGCGCUCCGAUGGCAAGCUGCCGACGGCACCACCCACGUCCUCCCAUCAGCAGGCGCAGCAGCAACUGGUGAAACAAGAAGAGUAUUAUCGGACGACGGCCACGUCGCCUUUCCAGACGCGACCCCCACUCGCCGGCCCCUCCCACGGAUCGGAGCAAGUGGUCCAGGCGACGCAGUCGCAUCCGCAGCAGUACAACGGCCUGGCGGACAUCGUGAUCUCUCCGUGCAGCAAUGGGCAGCACCUCAAGAUGCAGCAGCAGCAGCAGCAGCAGUCGUCGCGGGGCUACGACGACUACGACUCGGACGAUGAACUCAAAAGGGUCGGCAUCGGAUACUCGCCAGCGGCCGGCGACCUGGACACGGAGAAGAUGAGCGCCUGCAGCAAGCGGAGCAGCAUGCAGAGCCGCGGCAGCACGUCCAGUCUUCUCGACCAGAGGCUCACACCCCGAUCUCAUCCAGCAACACCAAGUGCCAUCCACAGAUCUCAGGCCACUACGCCGCACCGCUUCAAGAAGGGAGACAUCGUGGAGUCGGAGUCCGGCGUGCGGAAGAAGUACAACGGGAAGCAGUGGCGCCGCCUGUGCAUGCUCUGCACCAAGGAAUCUCAGCGGCGCGGCUACUGCUCACGGCACCUCAACCAGAAGGGCAACACCAGUGCCCUGCCCUCGUCCACGGGACCGGGUCGUCUGCUCAGUGACAGUCGAUCGAGCAGUAAGACGCAGAUCGAUGAGGACACCUCUCGCGACUCGGAGACGUCGCCCAACUAUCGGGUCAAAGGUCGCUACGAUCAGGAGGAGACCGAUGCGGCCGUCAUGCUGGUAUCUCUGAGCAGCUCCCGAUCUGCCACGCCCUCCUACACCUCACCUGUUAACCACGCCGGAGCUUCUCCUCUGAAUGCCAUUGCCCACUCGCCGGUGAAUGUGUCCGCCACUCAUAGGCAGAACUUUUUCACACCCAUUGCCAACCAGUCGCAGCAACAACAACAGCAGCAACAACCUGUGGCCGUACCGCUCGACUCCAAGUGGAAAACAACACCCAGUCCGGUGCUCUACAAUGCCAAUAACACCAGCAGCAGCAGCAAUAACAACAACACCAGCAGCAGCAACAACAACAACAAAAUCUGGGAGGUGGGCAGCAAUGGCAAUACUCAUGUUGCAGCUUCGGCAGCAGGAACAUCAACAGUUGGCGCUCAACCACUGCCGCCGCAAACGACACCCGUUUCGCUGGUGAUGCACGCCCCACCGCCGCAGCAGCACCCACUGCAGCAGCAGCACCACCAUCACCAACCGCCUCCACCGCCACCUGCCAGUUUGCCAGCGCCAUCGGCACCACCCACCAGCGGCAGCAGCAGCAGCCACAACAGCGUGGGUCAUGCCACCAGCGUUAUACGCAUUUCAAGCAGCCAGCAGCAACAUCAGCAGCACCAGCAGCAGCCACAUCCGCAUGUGGUGGUGAGCGGCGGACAGACUUUUCAUCCCGUAAUCGUGGACGCCACUCAGCUAUCAGUGCCGCUGCCACCCACAACGGUUUCAUUUCAUCAGCCCAACACGCCCACCUCAACAGCGGCAUCAGUGGCUUCAAUGAGCCAGGACAAGAUGCUGGCAAAAAACGGCUACAAUACGCCCUGGUUCAAGCUGUUGCCGCAUAUGACGCCUAUGAGCAAGGCGUCGCCAGCUCCGGUCACUCCGACCCUAACCACAUCGGCAAGCAGUUACAACGUUGUGAUGAUGCAACAGCAGCAGCAACAUCAGCAGCUUCAACAACAGCAGCAACUACAGCAGCAGCAACAGUCGCCACCCCAGAUGCCGCUGAACCACAACAACAAUCAUCUGAUUGUGCCCGCCCCACUAAGCUCGCCGGGCAAGCCACUCAACUGCUCAAUGAACGAUGCCAAGGCGGCGGCGGCAGCGGCAGCGGCCGCAGUUGCCAACCAGAGGCAACAGCAGCAGCAGGAGGAGCCGGACGAUCAGCUGGACGAUGAUGUGUUUGAGACCACGACGCCCGGGAUCAGCGCCAACAAUAAGAAACAAACUGUGGCUAUGCGGCUGCCCACCCACAACAGCAACAUACGAAAGCUGGAGGAAUGCCAUGAUGAUGGAGCUGCAGGUGCACCAGCCACAUCGGCUGCCAAGCGGAGGAGUCAAUCGUUGAGCGCCCUGCAGCAACAGCAGCAGCAGCAGCAACAGCAGGCCGGAGCGGCAGGAACAGCAGCUGGGCAACCGGCGAACAAGAAAAUCCGAAGACCCAUGAAUGCUUUUAUGAUCUUCUCAAAGAAACAUCGGAAAAUGGUGCACAAGAAGCAUCCGAAUCAGGACAACCGUACGGUCAGCAAGAUUCUGGGCGAGUGGUGGUACGCCCUGAAGCCAGAGCAGAAGGCUCAGUAUCAUGAGCUGGCCAGCUCUGUUAAGGAUGCACACUUCAAGCUGCAUCCGGAAUGGAAGUGGUGCUCCAAAGAUCGCCGCAAGUCAUCCACCUCGACAGCCACGCCGGGUGGAAAGGCGGGCGGAGCAGCCGGAACAGGUGACGCUAAGCAGCGCCUGGUCUCGGUGGAUGGUUCCGAUUCCUUGGAGCACGAUAUGUGCCCCUCAACGCCAGGAGGCAGCGGCAGCUGCGGUGGUCAGGGCAUGUCCUCCGAUUUGCAGGGCGAUAUAAUACCGCUGACGAUUGACAACUAUAAUAGCACCUGUGAUGAGGCCCCAACUACGAUCUCGAUGAAGGGCAACGGAAACGGAAAGCUGAUGAAGAACGAGUUGCCAUCGGACGAAGACGAGCAGAUGCUGGUGGUGGAGGAGGAGCAGCAACAGCAGCCAGCGAAAAAGAUUGACCUGCACUGCCGCGAGCGGGUGAAUGACUCGGACAUGGACGACACACCCUUUGACUACCGCAAGCAGCAGCCAGAGGCCAAUCAGCGUUCGGCAGAGGAGCACAAUACAUCUGGUGCGAAUGGCCAGGCCAUAAACGCACCGCCGCUCAGCGGAGGAGAGCGCGAGAUCACACUCAAACCGAAGGCUAUCAAAGCACAUCCGGUGCUGGAGAGCAACAUGCUGCCAUACACCCAGAUGUCCAUCUACACGCAGUACACUAGUCCCAAGAACCCAAUCGGUGUAACACCAUUCCAACCCACAGGCGGCGCCUUCAAAUCGAUGCCCAUCAGCCCCAAGGGCAGCGGUGGCAAGCCGGAGGACGCUGGCUCCCUGCAGGCACACAUCAAGCAGGAGGACAUCAAACAGGAACCGCCAUCGCCAUACAAGCUGAACAAUGGUUCGGGAUCCGCCGCCGGAGGGGGCGUGGUCAGUGCUCCGCCGCAGAAUUGUGGUAGCGUCGGUGCCAUCUUCAACUUCAAUGUGCCAACGGCGACGGCUUUGAGUCAGAAGCAGUUUCACUACCCGAUGCAUCAUCCCCAUCGCAGUCCCACGGAUCUUAGAGCUGCCCACCAGGCGUGUGUGCCAUCGUCGCCAGCGGGCAUGGGAUUGGGGCAUGCGGCCAACAUUGCCACACCUCCAGCAUCGGCGCCUGCUCAGAUCAUGGGAGGCGGUCCAGCCAGUCAGAAGAUGUUCUUCGCCAUGGGUCAUCCGUAUACGUUGCUGCAGCGCUCCCACCAACCGGGCACUCCCAGCCUGGAGCACUUGCAGCUGGAUGCCUUCGCGCCAGGAGGUUACACUUUGAGGAACCACAAUGGCCUGUCUUCCCUGCCGCCGCCCGUGAGUGCGCAACCCACGAUGCUGCUGCACGGAUACCCGCCCAGCCAUAGUGCCGAACCACCGGCUAGAUCGCCCUCGUACAAAUCGAUGCCAUCUACCCCAAAGUCGGCCACAUAUCUCAUGAGUGCGCCACCGGAGCGAGGCAUGGAUGGAGGAAUGAGUGGAUGUGCAUCAGCAGCGGCAAGCGGUGGGGAUGAGAGCGACAUAGACGCGGAUGGACAGCAGUUUAUUUUGGCACCCACUCCUGCGCAGUUGGGUCGAGCUCCACUGCAGAGGCGGAAGAAUCUAUCUCAAAGCAAAUCAGAGAGCAAUGUGUCCUUUGGGGGUAACCUGGGGGCCAGCAAUGGACAGCACAUAAGUCGCAAGCUGCACUCACCCACAAUGAUGGAAUCCUCAUCGCCCAUCAUAGGCCACGUGAACAGCAGCAACCUUAGCUCGGCCCUGCCCACGCCCACGUCCUCGACGACAACACCAAACAGUGAUGAGCAACUGCCACUGACGCCGACAACCAGCAGCAGCAACAGUAACAUAAAUCAGCAGCCCAAGUCACCGAUGAAAAGUGCUCCAGGAUCAACGGCAGCGGCCCUAAAAAAGAAGAACGAUGAGAUGAAUAACAGUGUGCUCAAGCAGGUAGAUUUCGAGAAGAAGUACAAGGCCCUGCCGCAGUUCCAGCCUGAGGAUUGCCAGUCGCCCAGUGCCAUUGCGGUGCCCUCAUCGCCACGCGUCUACGGCACGAAUUACCGCAAGAAGAACACGGCUCCACCGCCGGUUCAGAAGCUAAUGUGCGAGGACGACUCCAUUGACGAACCAGCAUCGGCACCGCCUACGACCACCCAGCGAUUCUUUGGUCCGGACUUUAACAACGAGCUAAAGGACGAACGCCUUGCAGAACUGGAGAGCUCUGACCAAACGGGCCGCUCACCCAGGACGCCAAAGACACCGCUACAAAGCGCUCGGUCCGAUGCCAGUGAGAAAGGACACCGCAAGGUCCUGGAGACGCGUCGCAGCCUGGUCCUGCAGUUGUUUGCCGAGCACGGUAACUUUCCCACUGCCCAGGCCACCAUGGCCUUUCAGUCUAAGCACAGCGAUGUCUUUCCGCGCAAGCAAGAUCUGCAGCUGAAGAUUCGGGAGGUGCGCCAGAAGCUGCUGGGCCAAGCAUCUUGCACUCCACACUCGGCGGGCCCCAACACGCCGUCUGACUCCAACUCGUCGUCGACCACAUUGAGUGCCAGUAGCACCAGCUUGAAUAUGCAGGCCACCAGUGCGGCAGAUGUUUUUCAAUAUUACUGAACAACAGGUGGCCACCAGCAACAGCACUCCGAGCAGCAGCCCCAUUCCGCCACCAAAGCCACUGAAUCUGAUGCGAAGUACAAGUAACGGGGCGUGGACAAGGACGAGGAGUUCGGCGGGGACAGGACAGGACAACAGAUUGUUUGCUGCAAGUGACAAAAUUACUUAAGCAUAGUAAACGAAUCGACAACAACAAUUGCAGCAACGCAGACUCACAAAACGAAACGGAUAUGCAACAAAGCUCACACUUAGCAUACGCUCAUGCAUCAGAUGCGUGGUUAACUAGUUUUUAUUAUUAACUGCUAAUAGCGAGGAAGCAACAUACAGAAAAUAGAGAAAAUUACAAAUUUUUAAUUACAAUAGGCAUACGAAAUAUGUACCAAGCAACGUAAUUUGUGAGUCGAGUGGAGAAACUGAUUACAAAUGAAUUUAUUAAGCAGCUUAAUAAAUCGGGAGAGGUAGAAAUUUUGAUGAAAAUUUGAACUUUUGAAGCACAUAUGAAGUACAUACAUACAUACAUAGAAAACAUACAUAAUCGAAACAUUGUAUAAUCCCCGCGUAAAGGCUUAGGUUUUAAUUUACAGGCAAAACUGCAACCAACAAAUUGGAAGAGCAAAGAAAGAACUACGGAAAUAGAAGUUAAGCUUUAACUUAAAUUGCACAUUAAUUUUGAAGUGUAUCAAGCACAAGCAAAGAAUUGUAUAAAUCAAACAGUAAGAAACUUGAAAUAAACACUGUAGUUGUAUUGUAUAUUUAGUCAUAACAUUUUUAACGAGAACAAAUCCCCACAAAACCCCCAAACUAACACCCAAUCGCACACAUCCAAGCGCUUUUAAACUGUUUGCUUUUGUUCUCAAAGUUUAUGCAACACGCGAACCUUUUUAAAUUGUAUGUACAUUUCCUUGAAUUGGCUUUUUACACUGUUGUCUAAUUGAAUUAUAAUUUAUAUAUAUAUUUUUAUUUUAGUCUAGCCUGUUUUUAAAUUGUACACAUACCGAAAAAUAAACUCUAAAAAGAAAAUAAUUCAAAAAACUUAUUACCGACGAUUGAAAGAAUACAAACAAGAGAGAGAAUGAGAGAACUAACUGUCUUCCACUGUUGCUGCAAUAUACUAUUUAAUAUUGUUUACCAUUUCGGUUCGAUUAAAUUUAAUUGUAAAUUAAUGUUUUAAGUAUGGACUGCAUUUUAUUCAUAUGCAAAAUUCUGUUCUUUGUGAGUUGUUUAUUAUUAAAUGUUGUCGCUGAUUUAUGUGUUUAAAUAAUUUUAGUUUAAGAACUUUGUCAAAACUUUCUUCCAAUAUUUUCAGUCUCACUAUGUGUUUUCUUUUCCGAAGAAGCAACAGUUACAAGAAUUUCGAAAAUUAAAAAAUAAAUCAUAUACACUCAAAGUACACAAAAAUAAUCUAGAAACGCAAAAAGUUAUAGUAUAAAUAAACACCUUAUAGUUAUUACAAUCAUUUAAAAUAUGCAAUAAAUAAAAUCAUCAAAAACAACACGUGAAUUAAUAUGAAUGUCGUUCAUUCAAGCUGGACGCUGCAAUAAAAAGAGAAAUUAGCCAGAAAGAUACAAAAUCAACAAAUUUAUAAAAUUUAAAAUCAACUCACGUAGUCGUUUAUAUUUUUUUUAGUUUCGUGUUUAAUAAUAAUUUAAUUAUAGUUUCUUUAUGACGAUAAUUUUUAAAUACCUAUUAGUUAUGUGUAUUAAUUAGUGAACAAACGAAAUUUUAUAUGAUAAAAAGCGAAUGGCCGUAAACUGUAGCGUGUUAAUGUUAAAAAAUACAAAUAAAAACAAAAAUAAAACCAAGUUUAUAAGCAUAUUUGAGCCAACGUGUGAACUUAAUUGUAGUAGAGCACACUGAAGUUUUACUUUCAUUUCCACAAACUCCUGAACUUCUCCCCUCAGCAAGCAAACUUGUGCCAAUGACAAAGCUAAAUACUACAACCAUACUUAAAUAUUGAACCCUCCCUCAAGAAGCUAAGUAAAAAUGUUUGUCAAUUAGGUCAAGUUAGAGCAAAACACAGGCUUUUCGACCUCAAGUUCGAAAACGUUUGAAAAAUGUAUAACUGAUACAACAACGAACAUUUUUGGCAACCAGCAUUUCGGACUAAGGAAAUUAAUGACAGGAAAUACUGAAAAACCUUUUGGCAAUUACAAGAAAGAGAACAAAAAUGGAACAAACUCAGUCAGCAAAAAAAAACACAACAAAAAA